AUGCAGACAAUCAAGUGUGUAGUAGUGGGCGAUGGUGCCGUCGGAAAGACCUGUCUCUUAAUCUCUUACACAACAAACAAGUUCCCUUCUGAAUACGUACCAACUGUAUUUGACAAUUAUGCAGUCACCGUCAUGAUUGGAUCGGAACCAUAUACUCUGGGUCUGUUCGAUACAGCCGGUCAAGAAGAUUACGACCGUCUACGUCCUCUGUCAUAUCCACAAACAGAUGUCUUUCUCGUGUGCUUUUCAGUCGUGUCACCAGCAUCAUUCGAAAACGUUCGAGAAAAGUGGUUUCCAGAAGUUAGACACCAUUGCCCAGGUGUCCCUUGUCUAUUAGUGGGUACACAGAUGGAUUUGAGAGAUCAACCUGCAACAUUGGAGAAACUGGCAAAGAACCGUCAACGACCCAUUACACCAGAUAUGGGUGAACGGCUCGCCAAAGAAUUGCAAGCUGUCAAAUACUUGGAAUGUUCAGCCCUGACACAAAAGGGUCUGAAAAAUGUCUUUGAUGAAGCCAUUAUUGCCGCCCUGGAGCCACCAGCACCGAAAAAGAAUAAACGCAACUGCAACAUCCUCUAA